CGGCGACGCGGUCGCUGCAGUCGCUUCAGCAGCUGGACCCCGAGUCGUGGUCGCCAGGGCUGCUGCUGGCCGCUGGCGCGUGGCUCAGCCGGGCCCGUAGCCAUGGAGGACUUCAUCGUGAUCUCCGACGACAGCGGUUCCGAGAGCUCGGCCGGGACCCGCUCGGGCAGAGCGCGGAGGCUGCGCCGGGCCCUGUCCCGGACCCCCGGCGCGCUGCCCCGCCGAACCGUGGACUUCAUUGACCUAACUAGAGAGACCAGAACAAGGGCAAAGGAUCGUAAUGGACUCUGUGUGAUUGAUCUGACGAGAAAUGAGGAAGAAAAUAGACCUAUUGCCACUCUUGAUUUGACUUUAGAACCUGUAGCUUCCUCUCAGAAGGAGCUACCCAGUCUUCAGACAUGUACCAGUCUGUCAGGCAAAGAGGCGAUGGAAGCCCCUGGGGACAGAGGCUCUCAGCCUGCAGCACCAAGAAUCGUCAACAAUGAUCCUGUAGAUUUGGAUUUGUUGGAGGAAAAUAUGUUUGAAGGUUCUCGACCUCCUACAUCUAUCAACCAGGACUCUGUUUAUCCACCAGAGCCAAACUGUAGCUCAAUCGCGUACAAAGGUGACCUCAGCUUCUUGACAAGCCUGCAGCUCUCUUCAGAUGUUAGCUCCUUCUCCUCAACAAGCAAUAACAGUAGCAGCAGCAAUCAGAGGGCCUCUUUGCCAUGCCCACAGCAAGAUAUGCCUUGCCAACCACAAGGCUUGCUAUGCCCACUACAAGCCUUAUCAUGCCCACUAAGAGCUUCACCAUGUCCACCACGAGCUUCCUCAUGUCCCCCACAAGCCUUGUCAUGCCCAUCACAAGCUGUGUCAUGCCCGUCACAAGCCUUGCCAUGCCCGUCACAAACUGUGCAGUGUCAGCUCCAAGCUUUGCCUCAUCCACCUCAAGAUGUGCCAUGCCCUCAGCAGAACAUGCCAGGCACAUGUCAAAACUUACCAUGGCGUCCUCAACACCCACUAUACCCACCCCAAGAUACUCUGGGCCUACCUCAAGACGUUCCAGGCCGACCUCAAAACCUGUCAUAUCCACAAGACUUGCCAUGGUCACUGCAAGACAUGCCACUGUCACUACAAGAUGUGCUGCAGUCACUGCAAGAUGUGCCACCACUGCUGGGAGAUGUGCCACAGUCACCAGAAGUGAUGCAGGUACCAGGAGGUGUGACUCAGUCAGCAGGAGGUGUGAUACAGUCAGCAGGAGCUGUGCCACAGUCAGCAGGAGGUGUGCCACAGUCAGCAGGAGGUGUGACUCAGCCAGCAGGAGGUGUGACUCAGCCAGCAGGAGGUGUGACUCAGCCAGCAGGAGGUGUGAUAAAGCUAUCAGGUGUGACACAGUCAUCAGGAAGUGUGACACAAUCACUAGGAGGUGUGACUCAGUCAGCAGGAGCUGUGACUCAGCCAGCAGGAGCUGUGAUGAAGCUAUCAGAUAUGACACAAUCACUAGGAGGUGUGACUCAGCCAGCAGGAGCUGUGACUCAGCCAGCAGGAGCUGUGACUCAGCCAGCAGGAGGUGUGACUCAGCCAGCAGGAGCUGUGACUCAGCCAGCAGGAGGUGUGAUGAAGCUAUCAGGUAUGACACAGUCAUCAAAAGAUAUGAUGCAGUCACCAGGAAGUGUGUCACAAUCAUCAGGAGAUGUGAUGCAGUCACCAGGAGGUAUGUCACAGUCAUCAGGAGAUGUGAUACCACCACCAGGAGGUGUACCACAGUCAGUUGGAGAUACACCACACUUACCAGGAGAUAUGUCUCACUUACCACAAAAGUUAUUGAACUUAGCAAGAGACAAGCCAAAGUCUUCUCCGGAAGAAGUGCAGAAUCGUGACACUCCUAUGGAUAUCUCUGCUCUGUCCUCUCCGAAUUGCUCUGCCAGCCCACUAUCUCCACAGUCUGAAUUUUCUUUAGAAAAAGUUCCUUGGCUCUCUGUCACAGACAGUUUAGCCAAAAAAGAGAGAUCAUUGCCACAGCUUGCCAACCCUGGGUCUGCCCAGAUACAAGGACAAAUACCACAAGUUGGGGUAUACAAUAGACCUUGCCUGCAUAGACUGAAAUACUUCUUACGACCUCCAGUACAUCAUCUCUUCUUCCAGACAUUAAUACCAGAUAAAGACACACGGGAGAGCAAGGGUCAGAAAUUAGAACCCAUCCCUCAUCGAAGACUAAGAAUGGUGACAAACACUAUUGAAGAAAACUUUCCUUUGGGGACUGUGCAGUUUUUGAUGGACUUUGUUUCACCCCAACAUUACCCACCCAGAGAAAUUGUGGCUCACAUCAUCCAGAAAAUCCUGCUCAGUGACUCUGAGACUGUGGAUGUCCUCAAGGAGGCCUACAUGCUUCUCAUGAAAAUUCAACAGCUGCAUCCAGCCAAUGCCAAGACAGUGGAAUGGGACUGGAAACUGCUUACCUACGUCAUGGAGGAAGAGGGACAAACUCUGCCUGGACGAGUCCUCUUUCUACGUUAUGUAGUGCAGACCCUGGAAGAUGACUUCCAGCAGAUCUUGAGGAGACAGCGGCAGCACCUACAGCAGUCCAUUGCAAACACCGUUCUGUCGUGUGACAAACAGCCCCACAAUGUCAGAGAUGUUAUCAAGUGGCUGGUCAAAGCAGUGACUGAAAAUGAACUAACGCAGCCCCCAGAUGGUACUCAGACUUCUUCAGGAACAGGAGUCUUGCAAGCUGGCAGUGACCACCUGUCUCCCCAGCCUAACCUGUCCAGGAACACCAAUCAGCUGAUUGUGUGUCAACUUCAGAGGAUGUUGUCCAUUGCUGUAGAGGUGGACAGGACUCCUACCUGCAGCUCCAAUAAAAUAGCUGAGAUGAUGUUUGGGUUUGUGCUGGACAUUCCUGAGAGGAGUCAGAGGGAGAUGUUCUUUACUACUAUGGAAAGCCACCUUCUGCGCUGCAAAGUGUUAGAGAUCAUCUUCCUCCACAGUUGUGAGACACCCACCCGUCUCCCCUUGUCUCUGGCCCAGGCCCUGUAUUUCCUGAACAACUCCACAUCUCUGCUCAAGUGUCAGUCAGAUAAGAGCCAGUGGCAGACAUGGGAUGAGCUGGUGGAGCAUCUGCAGUUCCUGCUGUCCAGUUAUCAGCAUGUGCUGAGAGAGCACCUGCGGAGUUCAGUGAUUGAUCGAAAAGACUUGAUCAUCAAAAGAGUUAAGCCCAAGCCUCAGCAAGGGGAUGACAUCACCGUGGUGGAUGUGGAGAAGCAGAUUGAGGCCUUCCGCAGCCGCCUGACUCACAUACUGGGAGAACCUCUAGUCCCCCAGCUCCAGGACAAAGUGCACUUGUUGAAGCUGCUGCUCUUCUAUGCUGCGGACUUGAACCCUGACACAGAGCCUGCCUCACAGCACUGAGGCAGCCAGACUUGUAAGCACUGAGUACCAAGAAUACCUCCUGACUGUUGCCAGCUACUUGGAAGCUCUGAAGAGGAAUGUCGUAGGACCAAACAUAUAUUUAUCUGUAGGUUGUAAUAACUUUAUAACUCUUCAGUAUAUCUUUUUUUAUAAUCCUUAUCCUAGCCUACUCAAAUGUGGUUUAAAUAUACAAGGUGUAUAUAUUUUUUAUUAAAUUAUUUAUCUAUGCUUUUGAAACAGGCAAUACAAUAUUGCACUAUAUGUUCAACAUUUCCAUUCAAGAUGUGAAAGACCCCUUCUGCUAAACCAUCUUCAUCAGUGUUACAUCUGUCAAGGUACUGACAGCCCUGUUUCUGGAAAGACAGUUUUUCCUGAAUAGAGCACACUCUAUAUUAGACUUUUCAUACUGCCUAUGAAUGACUCUGUGGCCAGUUAAUUAAAGCUAAUAAAAUGAAGCAGGCAAAGAAACUAAGAAUAGAGCCUGUUAAUGAAGCAUCUGACGUCAAAAAGAUACCACAAAAGGUACUAAGUUUACAAUGCUCCAGCUCCACUAUGGGGCAGGCAGAAUGGACAAGAGAGACCCAGGUUUGAGAAAGUAGUAAAGAUUUUUAUUGUCAAUACAAGAUAACACAAAUAAAUUAAUUUUUACAACAA